GUGGGAGACUGGGUCUCAGUAUAAAACGAUUCCCGGGCCGACCGGCCAUCACAGUUUACCUCAACAGCAGCCAUGAAGUGUGUGGUGCUCUCCGUCUUCGCCCUGGUGGCGCUCACGUCCGCGCAGCAGCAGCGGCUGCAGGAGCCCAUCGCCAUCGUGCGCCUCAACUCGGACGUUCAGCCCGACGGCGGCUUCGUCUACGAGUACGAGACGGCGCAUGGCAUCAAGGCCGAGGCCCGCGGCGUGCCGUCCGAGGCCGGCCCCGAGGGCCCCGCCGUGGCCAUGCAGGGCAGCUACUCCUUCGUCGGCGACGACGGCCAGACCUACGCCGUGACCUACGUGGCCGACCAGAACGGCUACCAGCCCCAGGGCGCGCAUCUGCCCACGCCGCCACCCAUCCCCGAGGCCAUCCUGCGCUCCCUCGAGUUCAACGCCAAGUACUACAAGGGCGAGGACGACGAGUCCCUCAGGGCCGCCAAGCCCGCCUUCGGCCGCAACUAAGGCUCUAGUGUCUCUCAAACAUUGAAAAAAAAUUGUACCUGAUUUAGGAAUAAACAAUACUGCGCAAUGGAUA